AUGACGUCGUUCAAGAGGAAAAGAGUAGCUUUAUCAAAUACUAUUUCUAUAGAUUUUGAUGCUCCAACGCCAUGGACAUCUGCGCUCGAGGAUCUGCCUCAGGAAAUUUUGAUAAGAAUUAUGUGCGGCGUGGAGCAUGAAGAUUUGGAAAGCUUGCUUUUAGCAUCCAAAACAAUGAGAGAUGCGGCUGUAAUCGCGAAGCAAACACAUUUUGCUUACAACACACCCACAAAAAGGGUGAAUAAGUUCGAACAAGUUGAAACUCCCCAAGCUCCCAAGCUGCACCACUCAUCCUGUCGGAGAUUGAGCUUCAAGAAAUUGGUUGGAAUUUCAGUUUGUUUGUUUGCUUCUCAUCAAAGUCAUGAACAAGUAGAGGGGUACCAAAUUAGUUGA